GAGCGGAAGAAGGAUAUGUGUGAUAGAAUGUCUUUGGACGAGUCUAAAAUUCCGACGUCUCUCCUGGAACGGCUUCUAGCAGCUGGGAAAAAGGAACAUCCUCCUGUAUGUGCAAUCCUUGGUGGCAUUCUUGGUCAGGAGGUGAUCAAGUCAAUAUCUUGUAAGGGCAAUCCAAUCAAGAAUUUCUUUUACUUCGACGCCGCUGAUGGUAAAGGGGCCAUGGAGGACAUCCCCCCAACUCCUGAAGACUGAAUCACGUGAUACCUAACUCUCAUCCGACAUCGCUCGCUGAUAAUUGUACCCAAUCAUCAGAGUCGAACAUGUGACAACUCUAGUUCGGUGGCUGAGGCUGGAAACUCAACUUAGCAUUUUAGCGUUUUUAUUGUUGUACUUAGCGUUUUAGCGAUGGCAUCAUGCUAUGACACCUGAGAACUGCAUUAAACAGAAUUGACAUUCUCCUCCGAACAA